UUAUACAUAUACCUCGAUGAUAUCUAUAUUUUGUAGUAUUUCAUGUUUAAAAAAAUCAAACUCUCCAUACUUUUUAAGCAAGACGCGAUAUCCCAUAAAUUAAUAAAUAAGAAUAUAUUUAAAUUAACUAUUAUUACAAAACAUCAAAGAUUAUCUAUAUAUACAUAUAUAUCAAUAACUAAAUAUUGUUGUGGAAAUAUUAGACACUUAUCUUAUUCACUAAACAAUAUUUCUCUCUUUUUACUUAAUUGUGAGUAACGUGUUAAUAAUAUUUGCUUAAAUGCGCAUUUAUUACGGGUAGAUAAGAACACCAAAAAGUCUGCCGAAGAGAAUGAAGUGCGAGAUGAUGAAACAGAGAUCAGUCAUCUAUUUGGAUCUGAACAAAUGCACAUACAUCGCUGUCUCAAAUGUGGGCAAGAAGCUACGAAACAUUCCAUCAUGUUACUUUGUAAUUUAGUUUAUCCGGAAAUAGUCAAUCCUUCUGAAGAGGUACCGUUUACAAGUGUUCUUGCCCGCAGUUUAAGACCUGAGAAAAUUACACCCGCAUGGUGUGAUAGUUGCCAGAAAUUUACACCUACUCUCCAGUCACGACAAUUGACUAAACUACCUCAAAUACUGGCCUUAAAUUGCGGCUUAGAUACUCAACAGGAUAAGGCGUUUUGGCAAAAUCAGAUGGACAUCGUAGUGCAAAAUGUGUUAACGGGAAAGGAGAGUAGUCCCAGCUCCAGUCCUGUGCCUGUUACUGCGAAACCCUGUCGAUAUGGCAAUAAUUGUACACGAGUUGGAUGUCGAUUCAGACACGUUGGUCGCGACUCAGAGACGGAGAAAUUAUUAACAUCGCCCUCUACUCCGUCUACCUCGUCUACAUCGACAGUGUCAGUUAUUUCACCCCCUAGUCAUUUGUAUUAUUCGCAUUCCUGGAUACCUCACAACAUAGAGAUCACUCUUGAAGAAAAUGGCAAGAUGUUGGUUAAAAAAGUUAGCGAACCAAAAAACGAAUUGACGAAUAACACGUCCGCACAAACGAGCGUGAUGGAGAACGGCCAAGAUGACAAAACAGUACGAACAGUUUCCGACAACAACGUCGAAGACAAUAAUGACGAAGAUUGUAACAACGUCGAAAAUUGUAAUAUAGUAUCGAACGCGGAAGUAGGCGAGGCGAAAAGUACAAAUUCAGAGAUAUCUAAUAAUACUCAAAAAAUACAAUACGGUCUCAGUGCUGUCGUCUGUUAUAUUGACGACAAGAAUAAUGAGGAACGGAGAAAUAUUGUAACGCUGUUGCGAGUUGGACCAAAUUAUCACGUACGAUCGUCGGGCAACCCUGUAUCGCAGUGGUACAUUUUCAACGAUUUCUGUAUAUCACCGGUAACUCCGCAAGAAGCAGUGUGGUUUAAUCUUGAUUGGAAAGUACCAUGUGUGCUCCAUUACACGGCGAUACCUGCACCCGAACCGGCAUCAUAUGUCAGUCCCCUGACAUAUGAUGUGUUUGGCGAAGAUAAAUGUAUUGCGCGCAGUGGCGGAACCAGAGGCAUUACAUUUACCCCUCUAGCCUCGGAUGAAAUGCCUAAGAAAGGAGAAUUGGUAGGGAUCGAUGCAGAGUUCGUUACUUUAAAUCAAGAAGAAUCCGAGUUGCGGAGCGAUGGAAAAAUGUCGACUAUAAAACCGAGCCAUAUGUCUGUAGCGCGAAUCACUUGUAUACGCGGGCAAGGUCCACUGAAAGGUACACCAUUUAUAGACGAUUACAUAAGCACUCAAGAACAAGUGGUCGAUUAUUUGACAAAAUUUAGCGGGAUCCAACCGGGUGAUUUAGACGCGAACUUUAGUAGCAAACAUCUCACCACUCUGAAAUCUACGUAUCAAAAGUUGAGGUUUUUAGUGGACAAUGGCAUAAUCUUCGUCGGACACGGCCUAAAAAAUGAUUUUAGGGUAAUAAAUAUGGUGGUACCGCCGGAGCAAAUAGUAGAUACGGUUUUAUUAUUUCACUUAUCUCAUCAUCGUAUGGUGUUAUUACGCUUCUUGACAUGGCACUUUUUGGGUAAAAAGAUUCAGUCCGAAACUCACGAUUCGACCAAGGAUGCGCGAGCAGCCUUAGAAUUGUAUCGUAAGUACAAAGAACUGGAAAGCUGUGGCACUUUGAGGGAAACGCUUAAGGAGCUUUACGAAGCGGGCACUCAGUUACAGUGGAAAGUUCCCGAUAGCUGAUAUGAGGAUAACACGUAUAAGGAUAUAGAUGAUCGAAUUAAUAGCGAUAAUGACAAUUAGAUGAUAAUACAAAUGUUCAUGUGUCCAUUGUCCAAUAUCACUGUUUGGAAGGUAACACUCUACAGGUGCUGUUCGCGUUGGUUGAUAAAAAAUGUCGAUAUUUAGUCCAAUUCUGAAGACAGGGUUAUAUAUUCGUGAUCUACAGGGAAAGAUUUAUUGAACGCACACGUAAUAUUAUUAGAGGAAAUUUUAAGGUUGCGUGCACCGUGAUAUCGUGAAACUGAAAGAAUCGCAGAUACCAAAACAUUGAUACUCGUUUAGGAUUCUUUUCGUUUUUACUCGUAUGUUAGAUCAUUGUUACAACCGUUUACUAAAUGUAUGGUGUAUACAUACAUGUACUUUUUAUUCAGCGAUAAUGCGUAAAAUCGCAGAUCAUUAUCCGUCUUAUCGAUAACCCAUUAAAAAGAUUGAAUAAAACGAAACAAAUUAUUGAGCGCGAUUUUAAAUAGAAAUACCAUUUUAAAUACGACGCGAAUUUGUAUAUAUUGUCUAAUAUAACAUUGGCGUUUUGAAGAGUAAUGAUUCCGCAAUGCCCGACGGAUAUCAAUAUUCACUAUAAUUUCUUAUCGUUUGUACUGUAUCCCGUAUGAAAAAGAUAAUGUAUUCCAUUCCGAUCCAUCAAACAAUUGCCGGGUAUAGACGUAAAUAGUACAAUAGCAAUAACUGAAUUACGUAUUCGUAAAUGUACAAUAUUUCAAUGUUUCCUUUUAUACGUAUAUCUCUAGCGUAUAAACUUUUGUACGAUUUUAUAGAGCGGGGUUUCAUGCAAUUUUUUUUUUAUAAGGUAUUUGUUUUAUCUUAUAGUGGGGAGAUACACUGCAAGUUUUCUCGAGCACAUACAUAUACACAUACAUACAUGUAAUCACAAAUUGUUAAACAUCAGUCACAUUUGCAGUUACAUUUAUGACAAUUAUUCAUCGUUCACUCCAAUCCAUUUAUGCGAAGCUCUUGAAACGCGAGAAAAACUAUUAACGAAGGUGGUAGAAUAUUUUACAAACUGACAAUUGUACUCUCAUUAUAGAUUAUUUUUAUACAAAUUUUAUCAACGAAAAUAUGGGAGGGGGGAUACUAUCCAAAUCUAUUACAAAAAAAGACGAGAUUAAUGAAACAUAUAUUUUUUUAUAUCCCGAAUUUUCUUAUAAUUUGUGCACGAUAAGUUAUAGGCUGGUUUCAAUAGAAACAGUCAAUGCGAUCAAUUAAUAUACAGUACAGAGUACAGACAGUACACACGAUGUUGAGAUGGUAAUUAAACGUUUCUUUUACCAAUCGCUCUGUUACAUCAUUGUAAUUUUUCAAUAAAUAGUUGUACAAAUUCA